AUGGCGCAGACUAGCAGUGGGCUGCAGCAGUCGAAUCCUCAAAAUUUGCCAAGACCUCCAGAUCAGCCUGUGGAGGUUCAGAUGCCGCAGCAAGACAGUCAUGGCACAUUGGCGAAAGGGGUUGAAGCUCUCGAGGUGAAUUCUUCCUCCAGAUCCCCACCAGAGCGACCGAUGAAGCCAGUCGCUUGCUUCUACGUUCUGUAUCGGGAACCAGACGAUUCAGCUAAGAAGGAACAUUAUCAAGCAGUGUAUGUUACAAAGCGCGAAGUCAAAGAACUCCUAAUCAGCAUCGCUGCAAAAUACAACUUCGAGCCUACGCAGAUCCUCCAGAUGAUAAGUGUCAACCAGAAAGGGUUCAAUAUCAAGGUCGACGAUGAUUUUGUCCGUGAGCUUCCAGAGGGCCAAGACAUGAUUUUAGAAUUCUCUAGAAUUACGGCACCUGUCGAUGCUGUUUUGGACGGUGAACAAGGUAGUGCGCAGUGUUCCUAA